GUACUAGCAUUUCAGGCAGUCUAGAGCUGCGUCAGUAGGUAUCCACUUUAUCACCUAAUCGCUAAUCGCAAGGCUGGAGCUGUAGUAGGAAACAGCGGGCGAGUCGAGCUCAGUUUGUACGUACCCUUUCAAUAAUUCCUAAAUUCCUAAAUUCCUGAAUUCCUGAAUUCCUGAAUUCCUGCUCAUUUGAACAACGUCCUUAUUACUUCUGUAUUAACUGUUCUAUACCAAUUCGAACCCACAAUCCGACACUCGAGAGUCCCCCCCCCCCCCUUACCUUAUUAUAAUUCGAGUUAAUUCCCAACUCGCAUCUCGAGCACACGCCAGUCAAUAUGGCUUCGCAGAAGCCGUCUGUGAAGGAAGCGCAAUCGCUUGCCAGCUCCGACCCGCGAAAAGCUGAAGCUAUCUACAAAGACCUCAUAUCCAAACCCCCCUCUGUUACCUCAGAUGCAGCAAUAAAGGAAUACGAAUCCGCCUUGAUAAGUUUAGGGGAGCUGUACCGGGAUGAGAAGAAACCCAAGGAACUCGUCGACCUUGUUACCACGAGCAGAACCGUCCUUUCGAGCUUCGCAAAGGCUAAGACGGCCAAGUUGGUCCGUCAGCUGCUCGAUCUCUUCGAAGCCAUCCCAAACACAACCGACAUCCAGAUUGCCGUCACCAAGUCAUGUAUAGAAUGGGCCACCUCCGAGAGGCGGAGCUUCCUACGCCAGAACCUUGAGACCAGACUCGUUACCCUGUAUAUGGCUAAGCUAUCAUACUACGAUGCCCUUACCCUUAUCAACGGUCUCUUGCGGGAGCUAAAGCGUCUGGACGAUAAGUUAGUAUUGGUAGAGGUUCAACUAUUGGAAUCUAGAGUAUACCAUGCUCUCGGCAACAACUCCAAGGCUCGUGCUGCUCUCACCAGCGCGAGGACGAGCGCCGCCUCGGUUUACACGCCUCCCUUACUCCAAGCGAACCUAGACAUGCAGUCAGGUAUGCUACACACCAUGGAUCAGGACUUCAACACGGCCUUCUCUUACUUUAUCGAGGCACUUGACGGCUACCACACCCAGGACGAGCCAGCUAAGGCCACCGCCGCGCUGCAGUACAUGCUUCUCUGCAAGAUCAUGCUUAACCUCGUCGACGACGUCAACAACCUGAUGGCGUCUAAGCAGGCGCAGAAAUACGCGGGCCAGAACCUCGAGGCUAUGAAGGCCAUCGCGCGCGCGCACUCGAACCGGUCUCUAGAAGAGUACGAGCGUGCCCUGUCCUCGUACCGCUACGAGCUCGGCAGCGACGCCUUCAUCCGCAAUCACCUACGUCGCCUCUACGACGCUAUGCUCGAGCAGAACUUGAUCAAGGUCAUCGAGCCCUUUAGCCGCGUCGAGAUCGCCCACAUCGCUAAGAUGGUCGGCCUCGAUACCCAGCAGGUCGAGCGCAAGCUCUCCCAGAUGAUCCUCGACAAGGUGAUCAUCGGUGUGCUUGAUCAGGGUGCCGGGUGCUUGAUUAUCUUCGACGAGACGCAGCGUGACGAGUCUUACGAUGCAGCCCUCCAGACUAUUGAGAAGUUGAGCAAUGUCGUAGAUGUCCUGUACACGAACCAGGCUUCGAUGCUGGAGUAGAUCUGUAAAGGGAGAGGUUUUACGAAGGUGAACUAAGCAAAUAAGAAAGUCUUCUUCGUGCAUCCAACGCUCAAGGAGGUGAAUGAAAGCUCGGCCAGUGUAAUAUUACUAGGUAGAGAAAGUAUCAGGCCAAGGCCCCGACGCUGACGAAGACGGCGUUGCGGCUUCUCUGGCACUCGUACAUAUAUCAACAUGAACUUGUGUCAAUUCAGGU